AUGCCAUUGUCAGAAUAUGAAAAGAAACGUCUUGAGAAUAUAAAACGUAACCAAGAACUAUUGAGAGAACUCGAGAUUCCACAACUGGAUCCUUUGCGCAAACGAUCGGCCACACCCAUCAAGAAGCACACACCAAAAAAGGCGCCAAAGAAGGAAAAGCAAGAACCCACACGCCAAUCAGCACGAUUACGAGGCAUCAAGGCUGAAAAUGUUCCUCCACCCAAAAGCGAACCAAGUCUUUAUCGUUCAUCAGAGAAGAAGGCGGAACGCAUUGAUCGACUCGAUGACGAUCAGCAACAAGAGUUUCUCGCGAUCCUGCGUCAAAUGCCCAAUACGCGCCCCGCGCCACGUGAGGCCAACAAACAAGAUGUGGAGACACAGUCAACUUUGCGUAACCAACUCGAGGAUCUUGAGAUCAGGCAUGAAUGGGCUACUGUCAAGGUGACACCGGAUCGUAUCAAUUGCAGCGUAUUUCACCCCUCCAGUGGCAAGAUUUUGGCAUGUGCAGGUGACACGGCAGGCAACCUUGGAUUUUGGGAUGUGAAUGGUACCAAGGAGAACGACUUUGAUGAUGAGAAAGAACCCGUGAUAUACGCGUAUCGACCCCACACUCGCACCAUCACCGAUUUGCAUUUUGAUCCUACGGAUAUAUCAAAGUUGUAUACGUCUUCUUAUGAUGGCACCAUCCAAUACUUCGAUAUGCAACAAGCAAGCUUUCAUUCAGUGUCGGUGGAUUCGUAUUCGUUUACCAAUUUCGAUUUUUGUGAUAAAAAGAUCUGGUUUUCAACUUCGGAUGGUGAAGUGGGCUCCUAUGAUUUACGUUCCAACAAGACACACGUGCAUGAAUUACGACAAAAGAAAAUUGGGUGCAUCCAUAUCAACCCCAAAAAGUCCCAUUUAUUGGCAGCUGCGAGCAAUGACAGGACGUUGACCAUUUGGGAUGCACGCUCGUUCAAGUCGCCAUUGCAUGAAGUAGAGCAUGGAUACGCCGUUACCAGUGCCUAUUGGUCACCGCUAGGGAACAAGCUUGCAACAACAUCCUAUGAUGAUCAUGUGCGCGUGUUUGAUCUCGACAAGUCUGAUGAACUCUCACUACUAUCAGCCAUUCCCCAUAACAAUCAUACCGGCAAAUGGGUCACCAUGUUCCGAACACGAUGGAAUCAGAAUCCAGCAGCCCUGAGUCAUCAACAUUUUAUCGUUGGCAACAUGAAACGUACCAUUGACUUCUUUUCUGGAGAGACGGGCCAAGAAAUGUGUGCAUUAUCGGAUCCUGACAGGUUGACCGCUAUUCAAGCUGUAGCUAUCUUUCAUCCAAGUACCGAAAAGACGCUGGUUGCUACAGGCAAUGCAAGUGGCCGAAUGGCGUGUUGGUCAUAA